UAUAAGCAUUUCCGUCGCUAACCCAGGUGCCAUUUUGCCCACGUCAAAGAGCACCGAUAUAAAUAAAUAAGACCUUUGUCUGGCUCACAAGUGCAUCACAAUUGAAUGUUUAAUUAAGCUGACAUAACAACACCCAGCACGUACGCCGUAAUACAACCGCAUCAGUUAUGUGAUAAGCUUUCAACUCGUAAGCAAAUUCAGGAUCUUGAAGGAGAGUCGUUACUUCCGAGCACCUCUAAGCUGUCGUCGACAUUACGAAGCAUUCGACGGACAAAUUUAUCGACGAUAAAGGUUUAAACUAUCGGAAUCCAAUCGAAAUAUUUAUUUCAGAUUUGGCUAUACUUGGUCAGCGUGCUAUGGCGAAUGAAAUGGACCUUAUCCGGUCGUUAAUUUGGGGAAAAAUGCGACAGAGCUUACAAAAAUUACUCCAAGACAGCCCACCGCCGCAGAUAGUACGAAUCGAGAACGAUUUUCACAGCGACAUCGAAGGAGCGAGUUUGCAAGGUGGAAAUAUGCUGGUUUUACACAAGAUGGUCACAGACACGGUGCUAAUUGGUAAGGAUAAUUCCGAUUCGCAAAUUAACAUUGGAUUGUCUUGCCCGACUUCUGUAUACAUGCGGCCAUUGAAAUGUAAGUUCCAAUCAUGCAAAGUCGAAGACUUUAAAUCGAUAUUUCCUAAAGUUAAGUAUGUUAGAGUGAAAAACUUUGGUUCGAGUACAGACGACGGGCAUUGCGCCGUUAAUGUCGGCGAUUUACUGAAAAUUAUGACAAUUGACAAAAAAAAGAAGUUUGUAACCUGUCAAGAUGUUAAUUCAAAGGAAGACAAAUCUCUCCCUUACAAAUGUUCGGUUAUAUUUACUCCCCUGCAAGACUGCCGGAGAUAUACCCUCUCCGAGGUUGUGAACGAGCAGGGUCUGCCCGCGAGGGUGUGCUUCGAGUCCACCCGCUCACAGGCUGUGAAUGAUCGUUGGAAUAGGGCUUUGAAAGGUGUCGAUGACGUGGUCUUUCAUAAUGAGGUAACCCAAUACCAAGUUAUCGCUACUGUCUUGGGAGGGGUGGGUGGUCAAGCACGUUGCCUGGGACUACCGACUGACCUACCCAUCCAAUGUAAAAUCGCCGAACGUCUGACGCAAGAUUUCAGGAACUCUGAGGAAGUUGUACGGACGCUUCACAAAGGUUUCGAUAUCAAGAAUUUCGUGGAAAAGGUGAAUGUGUUCCAAGAUUUGAAGAAUAUAAAGAUAUUCGACUCGAUUAGAUUACCGAAAAGUGUUCCACAAUAUCAAAAUUCUCCAAGACCAGCUCGAAAGAAUGGCAUCAAAAGUCCUCCCGUUUCCCCUAAACCCGUGAAAAAAAUCACAACGAUUGACCCUAACGGACUCUCAAAGGAUCCCAAAAGUCCUCCCGUUUCCCCUAAGCCCGUGAAAAAAAUCACAAAGAUUGACCCUAACGGACCCUCAAAGGAUCCCAAAUGUCCGCUAGUGAUUCCAAGAGCCUCGUAUAGCGCUCCUGAUAAUUUUCCGGCGGUAACGGGAGCGGAACACAUCGGACUUUCACGAAGUCUUCACGAAGAUAACACGAACAUAGACGAAGAUGGUUACGUUGAAAUGGGGAUUGCAAAGCAUUAUUAUGACGAAAGCGCACAUCGCGAAAAAAAUUCGCGACUUACUGAGAACAACAAUUCUGAAAGACAAAAAACUGCCAAUGUGGUCAAGAAAAACCCACCAGUUUCCCCCAAACCGAUCAAGAAAAUCAAACUACCUUUCCCUGACGUAUCCUCAAAAGGUCCAAAAUGUCUGCUGGUCCCCAGUCCCCCGUACAGUCCCUCGUACAGCGCGACAACAGACGAAGAUAGCGCGACAACAGACGAAGAUGAUUACGUUGAAAUGGAUGGAUAUCACAAAAAGAAUUCUGAAGGCGAGGCCAACGAGCUUCAAAGCCGGCGGAAUCGAAAUAACGAUUACGAAGAGGUUACCAUCCAGCCAAGAUGGACGGCAAAACAAAAUCACGAGUUUGCUGAUCCCCGUGUCCUUCUGACGGAGAAUCGCGAUGACGCAAAGCAAAGAAGACCAGUAUCAGCAGAAUACGUGAUUCCAUUGAAGUCCGUGCCACCGCAAAAAAAUGAAUACUCAGAGCCAAAUUGCUAUGAAAACAUGUAUGUUAUGAACAGGGAACCCCAGACUGAUCAAAGUGAUUAUCAAAACGUUGUCCCGCGAGCGGACUGGCAACAACUCUACUCCAAUGAGCGUGAAAUCGCUCCAGAUUUUGAGAGUUCAGAAUACGUGGAAAUGACGGGACACCCAAUACGACUUGAGACGUCGUAAAACUUUGAGGUAGAACUGCAUCGUCAUGUUACAAUGACGUCAAUUGAGAUAAAAAGAAGACAGAUAUACGUGAUUAACAUCCAAAUACGAGCUUGGAUUACGCCCAGUGACAAAAGUUCACUCAAGGAGCACCUAAAGUUUCGAGGAAGUCCUAACCGGUUCGAUUCUUAGAAUAGCACGUUUGUUUAAUGAUGAUGCAAUUGAAUGGUAAUGCUAAUUUUGAACUAUGAAUGAUAGGGAGACAUGCUCAAGAUGAAACCUGUUCUGGUGGCGAAGAUCCCACGAAAGACCAACGAAUAGAAUUAUUAGCUACAAUCUAUUUUAUAUAUGACCAAUAUUAAAUUAAUAAGAAAUAAAUUAAAGCAUAAACUACAAUCUGACAAUAAAUAUAUAUAGACAAGCUUGAGAGACAAUUUGAGGAACAUGAAAAAAUACGAAAACACUAGCUUGUUAGGAUAUCGUAAUAAAACAUUAUUAUAACUUCGACGAGAAAAAUAUGUUUUGUUUUGUUAACUAUGUCGCUGUUAUACUACGAAUAAUAUCAGGAAUUUAUAAAUAUUUAAAUUUAGCAUGUAAUUGCUUCUGAUAUUUGAUACAGAGCCAUAAACUAAUUUAGUAAAAGCGGUUCAUAACCUACAGCUAUGAUGAUUGGUAUCAACUUUUAGAAAUAGCGCAGCAUGAAGUCUUUUAA